AUGGGCAUCCUCUACGUGGCGGCGAGCUACGCCGUCUUCUACUACUUCGGUGAGCUUCUCAUGCGCCUUGUCGUGGUGCAACCGCUGAGCGACGCCAACGCGGUGCGGUGGUGCUUCGCCAGCACCUUUGCACUGUCGCUGUCGCUGUUCAGCGCGGUCUUCGUAGACAUGGCAGAGGCGUCGCUGCUGCUCCCAUCUGCGGCCGCCUCCUCUGCGGCGGCCGCUGAGGGCGGUGCGGGCGGCAACUGGGCGUCGUGGCUGCCGAUAGCGUCACUGCUGGUCCAUCCGCUCAUGCGGGUUAGCGCGCGGUCUUUUACGUGGCUGCUGCUGCUCUUGCUGAGCAUGGUGCUUGUCGCCUGCCCCGCCGUCUUCGCCAUCUCACUUCUGAGUCACGUGGUUGUCCGUGGCAGUGUCCGCUGGACCGCUGGCAAGCGGUGCUGCAGCUCGCGGUGCUCAUCGAGAAGCGCGAGUGGCUUUGGGGGACCCAGUGCGAGUCACACGUCCAGCAGCAGAUUUGGCAGGCGGUCACGCCCCGAGUCGAACCCACUUUUCCGGCAGGACUGGGAGGACACAACGCGCUCGCGUGGAUUCUGUGACCGGCUGCGUUGGGUGCUGGUGUGCUUGCUGGUGGUGGUCGUGCUUGUCUGCGCCGGCACAUGGGCGACGCGCGUCAGUGGGCUGGACGCGCACGCGGUGCGACAGACCUCCAUCGCGACUGUGCGGCGGGUGUACACGGAAUUAAAGACCCGCACGACCAUGCUGAACGUGCCACGAGAGAUCGAACACAAGAGCACUUCCGGUAGUGGCGGUGACACGACAACCCGAUCGUCGGUGCAGGAGGCUGUUCAGAUGAGAAGCGGUGGAGAGGACAUCCCUGAGGCCGCUGCCGACCGUGUCGCCGGACCCCUUGUCGACGCGAAGGUGGAGAUGCCUUGUGGUGGCGGUGAUGCCGCUGGACAGGCGCAGUUGCCACAACAGCCGCGGCGACUAUUCCCUGUCGCUGAAGUCGUGCACGCGAUGCCGUCCGCUGCGGAGGACUUGCACGGGCUUGUGUGCGCCGUAACCUCUCGUGUCGCGACCGUUGGUGUGGCGAUGAUCGGUCUCUUGUCCGGCUACGCCGCCGUCACCUCCCCAUGCUUGUUCUUGGCGCCUUACACGUACUGGCGUGGACGCGAGGAGGAGCUGCGGAAGGCACAGCAAAACUUCCGCAAGAAGCUAUGCUACGUGCUAAACAGCUACGGUGCCGCGCAGCGCCAGAUCGCCGCCCUGCAGUACAACGUACUGCAUGAAGAGUGGUCCACACCGACCUUUGCUGCCGGUUCACCAAGUCUGCACAGCGGGCACUCGUUGUCUCCGUCAAAGCAGGGCCCGGCUCUGCACAGCGCAGGCACUGGCUAUGACCCGCUGAACCCCUACCACACCCCAUAUCCGAGCUUUGACGGCAGCGGCUACCCUGCCAAAGAGAGACUGCCGGGUGGCAGCGACUUACGGCAGUCUACCAGCCUCGGCAAUCAGCCAGCGCUGCCGCAAGCGUCACAGCACCAGGCUCAGAUCCAAAGUUCUACCGGCGCUGUGGGAUGGCUUCAGCAGAAACUCUCCAACGCCGCCCACACUGUCGCUGGCGGCGCCUCACCUGGCAGUUCUCUCUAUCCGAAGAGCCCGACUUCGGCCGUCAGCAACCCUUCCCUCUCCCGCCAGCGGGCCAUCGCGCGCAUCAGGACACUGCGCAGUGAGUCGGCGGCGUCACGCUUUCUCAGCCUGUCGAUGUACCUGCAGCUGCACGAGGUGGAGGGCAUGCUUCGUGAAGCACAGCGCGGGGCGACUUGGGUGGGUCGAUGGUACGCCGGCCUCGGGGUGGCCAUGACGCUCUACUCGGUCGUGAAGAUCGGCCUGACGGUGGCGAGUCUGUGGCUGUCCAAGGCUUCCACGCAGGACCCCGUCACGCAAGCGGUGACGGUGCUGGAGAAAACAUUCAUCUUGCGUCGACGUAACGCCGAGGGCGUCGUGUCCUUCUCCGUGACUGCCGUAGAGGUCAGCACUCACGUCAUUCUCGCGCUAGCGCUGGUGGUGAACGGGUGGAUGUUGUUGAACUCGAUCCGCGGCGUGCUCUUGGCGCUCUUCCACUUGACGAUGUCUUUCAGCGGGUCUGCCAUCAGCCGGCCCGAGACGAUUUCCGUCGGUCUCUCCAUGAUGAUCGGGGUUUACUUCAUUGGACAGCUGGUCCUGCUGCGCUCGUCCUUGCCAGGAGCCGUGGCAAGCACCCUCGGCGGGGCUCCGCCACCUGCCGGCACCGCUACACCCAACGUGCUCCUCGCCGUGCUGGGGUCUCUGCCAUACUACUACUACCAGCGGCUAAGUGACUGGUGCUUCUUGGUCGGCUGCGGCGGCGCCGUCGUCGUGCGCAGCGUUGUGCUGCGCGACACGCUGUCGUCUGUUGUGUACACUGCCAGUGGUGGUGAGGAGCAAUAUGUGGUGAGCUGA